UGCUGGCAGGCGAGCUUCCUGUGUGCUGAGACUUCAAUCAGAAGUCAAUUCGAUUCGGUUUUACCGCCUCUCCUCCGCGAGUAGGACGGGCGUAGCACGGCUAUACACAACUGUUUCAGCGACUGAACGAUGGCAGUGAACCUAAGCAAAAACGGCAUUGCCCUGACAAAUGCCUACAAAGAGGUGGUAGAUGAGAAAUCCAACACCAACUGGGCAUUGUUCACCUAUGAGGGGAACACUAAUGAUAUCAGAUUGGCAGAGAAGGGAGAUGGUGGACUGGAGGAACUGGUGGAGGAACUUAGCAGUGGGAAAAUUAUGUACGCUUUCUGUCGUGUCCAGGACCCAAACUCUGGCCUGUGCAAAUACGUCCUCAUCAACUGGACUGGAGAAGGUGUGAAAGAUGCCAGGAAAGGACUAUGUGCCAAUCAUGUCAGCUCCAUGGCAAAUUUUCUCAAGGGCGCCCAUGUCACAAUAAAUGCCCGUGCAGAGGAGGAUGUAGAACCAGAGGCUAUUAUGCAAAAGGUGGGCAAUGCCUCAGGGGCCAACUAUAGCUUCCACAAAGAGUCCAACAAGUUCCGAGACGCUGGUCCCCAGGGACCUGUGGGCUCAGUGUAUCAGAAGACCAACGCUAUGUCUGAAAUCAAACGCACCAAUAAAGACAACUUCUGGGCGCAGGCAGAGAAAGAUGAGGAGAAGCGGCGACAGGAGGAGCGCGGCAAGGCAGACGAGGAGCGCCAGAAGCUGGAGAAAGACAGGAAGGAUCGAGAGGCCAAAGAGGCAACUCUCAGAGAGAAGAGAGACAAGGAAAGGGCCUCUAUGAUCGACCAGCAGAAGAAGUACCAGCAGCAGCAGGAAGCUGAGAGCAGAGAAGAUGAGAAACAACAAUGGGAGGAGCAAGAGAAGGACUUCCAGGCAACUCAGAAGAAAGGGAUGAAGCGUGGUGAAUCUGUGGAGAAAGCCAAUGAGGCAGCCUCUCUGAUCUCCCAGCGCUCUAUGAACCCCAGAGAGAUGUUCAAGCAGAGAGAGAAGGGCAUGGCCCCCAGCACUGCAGACAUCGACACCCCUGCUGCUGCUGCCCACGCCCCUGCCAGCCCCCAGCCAGGGCGUUUGCAAAGCCCUUUUCUCUCUAAGCAACCAUGUGAGCCGUCCCGCUCGCCCCUGCACCAAGCCUCCCCACUGCCUGCAGGCUCUGCCUCACCUGUCCCUGCUGCAGAACCCAGUGUGGAUGAGCCCGUUGUGGAUGAGCCAUCCCAGUCUGAGUGCUUGGAUGAGCAGGAUGGAACCCCUGUUCAGGAUGCAGUCCCUGAGGAACAGUGGGAAGAUGAAGUGAAGGCACCAGCACCUCCCACUCAUCACAACCAUGCCACAGAGCCAGCCCAAAACGAUCUCUAUGAAGAGCCCCCACAGGUGGAAGAGAACACAUGUGAGGUGCCUGCAGAGGAGAAGACGGACCGAGGUGUCUGUGCCAGGGCUCUAUACGACUACCAGGCUGCUGAUGACACAGAGAUCUCCUUUGAUCCUGAUGACAUCAUCACUGGCAUCGAGAUGAUUGACGAGGGCUGGUGGCGGGGCUACAGCCCAGACGGGCAUUUUGGAAUGUUCCCAGCCAAUUACGUGGAGGUUUUCUAAGUCCAUACCUCGCCCACUCACUAGAUCAGCAUAUUGGAGGCAGAAGAGAAAAGAUCCCCCCCAGAAGAAUUCGGCAGUAGGAAAACUGCUAGAAGUAACUCAACAGUGAACACUUUAGAAUAGUUUGCUGAACUGUAUCUCCACAUUAUGGACCAAUGUAUGAACAAUAACCAUGGGACCAGGGGGUGCUUAAAUCUAUCCUUGUUGAAGAAAGCAAUUCCAUUAUGUUGUUGAUGUUGUGAGCCGUUAAAUGGCAUAGUUUAGGUUUUGAUUAAAACCAAUAUACUUGCCAACCCCAAACUGAAUCUCUCACCUUUUAAUGUGAUGCAGUAAAUUGUCAGGCAUUGUUGAUGUUUCAAUUCAAGAUUCCAUUGUGAACAUUGAUAGCACUUGUAGAUCACAUUCCUUAAAAAUUGAAUCCAGUUUUGUUCCAAGUAUACUAUUUUUGUUAUUUGUAGCAUUCGCUCCUGUCGGGUUCAGGAUAAUAACAUUUCAUAGCUCACAUAAUGGUACCAACUAUGAUCUUUUGCCUUUUUUUGCCUUUUCCUCAAAGACCAAUAUUUUAUGUGAGUAUUUCUCUGUCAGAAAUGAGUUUGCUUGAAAGGAAUCCUGUGUGAAUUUCAAACCAUAGUUUGGUAUUGCAGUUGAAUUUAAUAUUAGAAAACCAAAAGGUUCUAUAUUUGCUAUGCUCUCUGGGUGGCUGAACUCAAGGGAAAAUAGGGGUGAAAAUAAUGACACAAUCAUAUUCUCCUUGUGAAAUCUUUUGUUGUUUUUUAAAUAUAUAAUGGUUAUGUAAAAAGCUCGUCCCCAUACCCUCCCUGCUCUCUUCAGCCCCUGGAGAAUUUUAAUGACUGACUAUUUCAGGGACCAGUUACACAAAACAAAGCAUAAGUCAUAUUUUCUCAUGUGUUGUUGCCGUCUUGUCAUAAUCUGUGUCCUGGGUACAACUCGUCUCUGCUUAACUAGUCUUUCACAGCCAGGUCCAGCUUCCAUCAAAAUACAGGUCUGUGAUUGGCUUAAUUUAGCAGGCUUAAGGGAGCCUUGAUCAGAUGCUGUUAUCAUGUGACAGUGCCAAAGGAGGGUAACAGAGUGGUGUGAUGAUGUCCUCUGGAAAGUGCUUUCUCUCAUUUUAAUCUGUGUGGAAACUCCAUAACCAUUAGGCUAUGCAACAUCACUGCUUUUUAACUUACAAUGAAAUCAUUGUGAAAGAAAAAGUUUGAGACAUUGUCACUUUAAUUAAUGAUAAAGGAAUUUAAGAAUGAUUCAAAGGGUUCACGUCAUUUCAAGGUGUGUGAUGUAUCCAUUGUCCAUGUUUUUGUUUUUCAAGAGUAUAUUGUAAUGCAAAUACGUUCGUCAUAAUAAAUGAGUUAAAGUAAAAUGUG